GUCAAAGUUUCAAACUCUGCGGAAAAGGGGAAGCAAAAAAGGCCCAAAACAGCAAUUUCUGGACUGCAGACUACAGUUGUAAGGUAAAAGAGGAUAAGCCGGUCCAAUCGGGAAAUUAGGGCUCGGGAACGGAAGUGUCACAACACAACUUCCCUCCAUUUUCAGAGUUUAUGGAAGACGAACACUCUCCAUUUGACGAACUGCAAGAUUUCCGCAUUUUGCACCUCCACAAAUUUCGUUUUCUGAUCGGAACGGCACUGAAAUGGCUUUGAAAUCAAUGGCGAAGCUCCCGUUGUUUUCUCCUCCUCCGUCACAAUCUCUCCGUUUUCGGUCUUUGAUCUCCGCCGGUACUUCUGCGCCGCCGAGAUUUCUACGGUGCUGUUCUUCCAUAUCUACCGCAACUGAUGUUAGGAACAAGGCGAAUAAGGAGAAGCAGAAGAAAUCCAGAAAUCUUAAGGCGAGUACUGCUUCGUCUUCGUCUUUGAAAUUAGCUUUGGUGAAGGAGAAAAGGAGGACUCGUUCCACUAAGGAGUUUGAUGAAAACGCCAUCCAGUUCGGGGAUACGGCAGCUCACAUUCCGGUGAUGCUUGCGGAGGUAUUGGACGUGUUCUCUGCUUCUUCCGGAAGGCGGCUACAUUCCUUUGUAGAUUGCACCGUCGGUGCCGCUGGACACUCCUCUGCUAUAAUUCAAGCGCAUCCAGAGUUGAAAUUUUACAUGGGAAUGGAUGUCGAUCCAAUUGCAGUUGAUAAGGCUGAAGAUCGGAUAAGUGCUCUCUUUAGUGAGGAUUCUGAUCUGAAAGCAUAUACAGUUCUGAAGAACUUUAAAUUUACGAAAUCGCUACUGACUGAGGCAGAUGAGAAACCUUUAGAUCCUGGAGUUGAUGGGAUUUUGAUGGAUUUGGGAAUGUCAUCCAUGCAGGUGGACGAUCCUGGAAGGGGCUUUAGUGUCCUUUGUGAUGGACCUCUUGAUAUGCGAAUGGAUCCUCAGGCAAGUGUGAGAGCGGAGGACAUAUUGAACAGUUGGCCAGAAAUAGAAGUGGGGCGUAUCUUGCGGGUUUAUGGAGAGGAGAGCAAUUGGUAUUCACUCCAGAAUAAAAUAAUGAAAGCUCGAUCACAGGGUGGAUUGCAUUCCACCACUCAAUUAGUGGAUCUCAUACGCAAAUCUACUCCUCCCUUCAAAGGAGGAAGGCAAGGUUGGAUAAAGACAGCAACCAGGGUAUUCCAAGCUCUGAGAAUUGCUGUUAAUGACGAAUUGAAGGUAUUAGAAGACUCCCUAUAUAGUUGUUUCGACUGUCUCGCCCCGGGAGGUCGACUUGCAGUCAUCUCCUUCCACAGUCUGGAGGAUAGGGUUGUGAAACAAACAUUUCUCAACAUCAUUAAUAACCCGGAAAUGGAAAAAGAUGAAGAUAUAAGAGAAGAUAUCGUUGAGAAUGAAGAAGAAGAAUGGAUUAAGCAAACUGUAAAAGGUUCAGUGGGAACAAUCCUAACUAAAAGACCGAUAACUCCAUCUGAAGAGGAAGAGAGGUUGAAUCGACGUAGCAGGAGCGCUAAGCUAAGGGUUAUUCAAAAGAAUAAUUAACGAGUGAGCAUUUCUCUCUAUAUCUUUAUAUGAAAUCAUUUGCAUUGCAUUUUAUUACUA